ACUUUGUGCUGCAGCAACAUUGAGUUCUAUGCACUUCACGGCCUCCACGCCCGAAAACUUCCGGUUCCCUUCCGUAGCUGGCCCUGCCUUGCAAGUAUACUCGAUCAAACUGGUUGAUCUCAAUCCUAAUCUGAGCUGGCCUCUUGAUGUCUACGGCGUGGUCGCCGCACGGGACGAUCUUGACCACAACCGCAACAUUCUCUUCUGCCGUUCAGGGGAAAACUGCCAAAGAAUUAAGCAAGAGGACCCUUUUUUGCACUUGACUGGCCCAUCUCGUGCAAUUGUGGCUGACGAGCCUGUUUUCUUUCAAAUUGAAUUAAAAUUGAAAUAUGGAGCACAGUUCAAAGAUACAGCAUUGUUCAUUGCCUAUCAAAGGUACCGCCCCAUGAAGAAGUAUGACAUCAUGCUGAUCAAUAGCCGCUGUUGUACAGCAGAGAUAAGUCUUGAGCGAUUUGCUCCAUCAAUCCAGGCCACAAUUGUUGGUGUUCGUGUGGUUGAAGGGGAGUCUUUUAACUAUGGAUGCAAAGUUUCUUGCUUCUUUUUUCGUGUUGAAGCAAUGUUGGGAAGCGCCGUGGAAGUUGUUUUGCUUGACUGCAGUGGUGAAAGGAUGCAUGCUGGAUUAGAUGGGUAUCUUAGUUUGUCAAGAAAUGUGAUGUCAGUGGGAUUGCAGGGCACACUCCGAGUUGUCAUAGGAGCAUACUCAAAGUCCAAACCCAGUAUCUCUCGAAUAAAUCACGUUGACUUUCCUGUCCAGCAGUGUCAAACAACUAUGCUUAAGUGUCAUGUUGGCGGCUCCGAAGUGGAGAUAGUUGUCGCUUGGUCUCGUCUUGUCAUGGACAAUCAUGAUCUUGUACUCGACGGCUAUUGAAGGUGUGUGGAGUGGCCGUGACUCAGUCUUUUACCUCGAUUUGUGAGCUUAGCUUAGACUUGUUUAAUAGAGUGUGCCAUUUUUUU